GAGAUUUCUCCAAAGAGAAGAUAUAGGUAAUAAAUCUUUGUUCCACUGUAAUAUACUCAGGUCCUGACUCCUUGCGUGACAAGUUUGCCAAAAAAAAGAGCGCCAAUCUCACGUCAGCAGGUUUGCUAAAGUACAUACCACUUAACGAAGGGAUACCGCAGUUUUCUGCCCGUGUUCGCCCAAUUCAACGUAAUCUAGAAACAAAACCGAUCGCUCCCCCGUAGAGCACCAAUAUGGGCUUCGCUCUGGACCCGUAUAUGCCGAUCACGGCCGGCGUGGCGGUCGCCGUGUUGACGGGCCAUUGCGCCCUGACCAAGAUGAUGCAGACGGUGAUGUUUCGCCUGAAGCUCACUACCACCGCAACCCCGGAGGCGGAGCGCAACAAGGUCAAGGAGUCCACGUUUUUCAAGCGGGUUUGCUCCGCGCAGCUGAACGAGGCGGAGUACGCGCCGCUCUUCGUCGCCGGGUUGGGGUAUUUGGCUUUGCAGAAAUCCCCGUCCCCCACCGUCGCUACGCUCGCGGUGUUCGGGCAAAUCUCCUACUACUGGGCCCGGGCCUUCUGCGGCAACUCUACCGAGGGCGGCAUCGACCCGCCGCCCUACGUGCCGGGCGCGCUCGCGAGGUACUUCGCGCUCAUGCUGAUGGCCUGGGAAAUGUACCUGGUGGCCGUGUAAGGUGAGGUGGAAUAAAGUCUUGUACUUUUGAGGUCGAGCUACGAUGAUCUGGUAUCGAUUGGCUUGUGUCAAGCGACACAGUCUUAGACUUACUUUCCACACAGCAUGAACACCCGUUUAGUUCUGAUUAACGUCGUUUUACCCGUAUGGGCAAUUGAAGAAGAAAAAUAUUUGAAUCUGAUGCAGGUAUCAUCAAUUAUGAUUAUGAAAGAGAAAAUUUGGUGGCCGCAAUUUUUCAAAAAAUUGUUGAACAGAUGAUAAUGGAGUGGUUGUGUAAACAAAUAAGACAGGCGGCACUAGGUCAGCUCAGUCUAUAAUUUCGAUGAAAAAUAGCCUUUGCGAUCAACUAAGUUUUUUGCUUGUGGGCCAUGAAUUUUCAUCGAUUCACUCACGUCUCACUCUCGCAAGACCACUACACACGUGCUGGGCCAAGAAGAUGCUCAGCUCGGAAGGCGAGCUGCACUCACUGGUAGAAGUCACUGUGUUUUUGUUUUUGGUUGGUCAACCCGCAAAUCGCCUACGCUUCAGGCACUGACUUUUUCGUUUGUGGUACGUGCCAUGGUAGAAAACCCUUUGUAUCGUUUUCUUCUUUUCUGGUCGGAGGUUGUAUUGGCCCUCGUUUCGUUCAGGCAAAUCGUUUCCCUUGUGUAUAUAUUUAUAC